AUGAUACCAGGCUCAAACUCCAAAGAUUUUCCUGACUAUUUCAAAGGCAAGAACUCAGUAAUAAUAUAAGAUGCUCCAGAGCCAAAGCCAACAGGCAAGAGAUGCUAUCCUGAUUAGAAAGUUGGUAUUUCAUAGGAAUUCCCAGACUAUUUCAGACAUGAAAAUUAGCUGAUAAGUUCAACAACUAAGCAUAACCCUUUGAAUGAUGAGAAUCACAUUAAAAGGUCUAUCACUAAUUUCAAAAUUGCUAAGCAUGCCUAGAUACACGAAUAGCAGAAUUAGGAACUAAAACAGGCAAUAGAUACAAACUAAUAAGGCAGCAAGUCAGCAUUAGGAAUGUAAAAUUAGAGUUUAGCUAAGGGAAGGAAUCUAUCAAUGGGUGAUAUUCACAAAGAUGGCUAAUAAUUCACAACUAAAUCUGCUUUAUCUAAGAUCUAAAAUCCCAUGUUCCAUGAGGAGGAGCUCCCAAAAGAUAACAAAUUAAGAGCAAGCAUGAGACUUUUAAAGCAUGCUAAACAUAUCAAAACAGAUGAAAACAAUAUAAUGUAACCUACUAUAAUGCAAAGCUUGGAUCCAAAAGAGCACAAGUAAUUUGAUGGAGAGAUGGUAAUAAGUGCGUCAUUUAAAAAUUUCCAAGAUUUUAAUAUCAAGCACGAAUAUGAGAAGGGCAAGUAAAACUAGGUUAAGAUAGAAUUAGAUAAAGUGCCCCUUUAUGAUUGCAUAACUAAUACUGAAAAGUAAGUGUAACCCCCACCAAUAGAAAUAGAUAGCUACUCUAAAUUGAGAGAAAAUUAUUAUAAAAUGAUUGGAACAGUACCUAAAGCAUUUAAUAUAAAGCAGGGGAUGUUUACCAACUAUACAGAUAAGACUAAGCCAACUAGGGAUAAAGAUAAUGCUUAUAAGCUACAGAAGUAUGAAUAAAUGAUGGGGAUCCAGAGGAAUUCAAUGCAAGAUAUUAAAACUUCAAAAAUCUUAGAGAAUUCCGCAAACAUGACAUUGGGAAAUCCUUAUAAAAGAUUUAACUACAAUCAAUAUGAAAAUAUGAAUCAAAAUCAUCUCUAGUCUCAUUCAAUACUACCUCAUACUAAGAACUUUAAUACGAUAGAUGUUGAUGAAGACACUUCAACGAAAUCUAUAGUUCACAGCAUGAAUAAAGAUAUGAUGAUGAGUUCAAGAUUUUAGACACAGAAUAAGAUAUUUGUAGACAGUUAGACAAAUAAAUUGGUAAUAGACUCUCCUAACAACAUUAACAAUAACACUUAUACCAAUAAAUUAGGAGACACAUAAGCAAAUAAUCUUAAUUAUACAGGUAAAAUUGUAAAUAAUACUUAAGCCUAGCUAUACAGGAAUUCUUCAACCAAAACUUUUCACAAAAAACUUGAGAUACAAUCUCAAGUCUUAACCUCUAUGCUACCUUACAGAUAAUCUGUACAUGAUAUAAAGAAUGUCGUUGAACCCAAGGCAGUGAUUAGAGAUCCUAAAAGGAAAAUUACUAGAGAAUAGUUAGAGUGGCUAAGAGAAUAAUAGGAUCUAUAAAGAGAAAGAGAUAGAUCAAUUGAAGAGGUGAAGCAGAUCAAGGGUUUUGAAAACAAGUUAAAAUAAGAGAUACGAAAUUUCGAUGACAGCUUGGACAUUGCUGCUAUUAGGACAUAAAUCUAGCAUACUCAAGAUAUCAUUAAAAAUACUCCUAUUGACUACAAACCUCAAUAUCCAGUGAUGUCUCCAUCAUUUCUAAAAAAUUCUGGAAUCUAGAGUAAUAAAUUCACUCGUCACUCAAGUAUGUAUUUCAAAACUUCGCUAAAUGACAAAAUAUGA